AUGGCGAAGCGCGAGGCCCCACCGCCGAGCAACGAAAUCGAGCGCAGCACUCUUGAGGAGACACCGACUGUCCUUGAGUUCAAAGGUAUUCCACGUUAUGAUAACCCGAUAUCAGGCUGCACCGGUACAUCUGUGGCAGGAAGAGGACGUUCCUUGUCCGCCUUGGAACGUUUGGACCGCAUCCGCACGCAAAGACAGUUGUUGCGCGGAGAGACAACUUCAAGCAGCAAGAAUACAGUGAAGCGCGACAGACCGAUGCACGAAGAUACACACCAGGUGAAGCCGCGUCAGGGAGGUCUGAGAGCCGAGUAUAGACCGCAUGAAGGGGGUCUGAGAGCCGAAUACAAACCUGCGCCUCAAGAUAUUCCACCGCAUGGAGGAGGUUUGAAAGGCGAAUACACACCUGCAUCGCAAAAUGUUCCGGGAAUUCAGAUUGGCUCUGAGCCACUGUUCACACCGUACCUGCCGUGUGAAACAGCACCGACAGUGAAGAAUGAAGGAAGAAGUGGCCCCGACAGCUUCGCCUCUGGAGGAAUGACCAUCGAAGGAGAAGGAAGUUCGGAAGCGAAACUACUACAAUCGUGCAGUGUAAGCCAUGAAGGAGAGGAAAAGAAGAUUCUUCCACGCCUGGAGAUGAGAGUCGAGGAGCUAGAAAGCAGCGAAAAAGCCUCGCAAGAACAGAUCAUGCCGCUUAAGUCUAAGCUCCCAGACAGUGAGAAGGGCCCGAGGACUGGUCCGGAGUCAUGA